AUGUCUUCCCCGAAAUCCCGUGCUCAGUCUUCCUCUAUUCCAGUUCUUCCCGACUACGUUACUGGGGCUGGGAUUGAUAAACAUGCGAUAGAGGUUAGGAGCAAGCUCCAUCCUUUUGCCCAGAAAAACCUAGAUGAAAACGUCCUUCAUCUGUUUGAAAACACCUUGGUGCUGGGGCCUCACUGGUUUGGCCCCGUUCCUCCCGAGAUGGCGGAGCUGAUGAAGAAGGAUGCUGAGGCCCCUCUAUGUUUUGAGAGCCUCUCCGCUCUGGCUUCUCAUUCUUGGGUUAGUAAGAAUUUGAGUCGUUCGUUCCCAUCCAGUGAAGUGAGAAACAGUCCAGUCAAGUGGGCUGAUUGGAUUGACAGACUUCUUCCUCGAUUUGGGGCUCACUGGAAGCGGGCUGGAAUUUAUGACGCCAUACUCCUAUCCAAGCAGUCUAUCAACAGGGAUGAGAACCUGCUUGCUGCUGCUCUGUGUUUCUGGAAUUCUGCCAGUAACACCUUCGAUUUUCGUAUAGGCCCCAUGGCUCCAACUCUGCUGGAUAUGGCUCAGAUUUUUGGCUUUAGGCCCCAUGGGAGGCCUGUUGAUGCCAUUGGUGAUUAUCACAGGAAGAAGGACCAGCAGAAGCUAGCCAAGCCAUUCACUAUUUCCCCAGCCCUGAUCAACCAGAAUUGCUCCUUCUCCAACUAUCUCAGAAAAUUUAGUGCUGAGAAGGACAAAGAUCAGCAGCAUAUGUUGUUUCUCCUGUAUUGGCUGAACAGGUUUAUUCUGCCCAAUCGUUCUUCUGCAGUUCUGCUUGAGUACAGGCAUCUGGCAGAAGCUCUGCAUAAUCACACUGAUGUUGGCCUUGGACCUACAGUUCUGGCCCAUCUAUUCAAGAACCUGCAUACCGCUACUCUGGAGUAUCCGCUGAAUCUGUAUCCAGACAUAGUUCUGCCUGAGAACCAGGUUCUAGCUCAACCGUUGCUGUCAGCAGAAGUCCCCAAGCGGUCAAUUGGUGAAUACCUGAUGAUGUUUAGGCAUUGUACCAAGAGGUCUGCAGCACAGUGGCAGAUGGUGAUUAGGAGGACCUAUCAUUGGUUUCAGCCUGGACAUCGUCUGUUUGAAAAAGAGCCAGAAGAAGAAUUCGCCAGAACUGAUUUCAGGAAGAAGUUCCUGAGUGUGACUUUACCCAGGGAUCUGCCUCAUGGAGGGGGAAAGCCUCCAAAUUAUCAUUUGGGGGCGGAAGUCUACCAUCCCAACUUCUGUGCAAGGCAGCUUGGCUGUCCUCAGCUCAUACCCCUUAAGUCAUACAGAAGCUGCAAUCGGGGCUCUUCUUGGAGGGAUGCAGAUGACUUGGAGGUCCACAAAGAUGCCAGGUGUGCCGUGAACAAGAUUAACAACAGUGCAGAUGCCCUUUAUCCUUCCUGGGAAUUGAACUCCUGCAGUUCUGUGGAGUUUGAUGCUUGGUGGAAAGCCAGAUUCCGUGAUCUGCCUGCUUCUAGCACCGCACUUUAG